AUGGGGGGAGUCUCGGCAUUAUUGCAUCCGUUCUCUCCCCUACAAAACUCUGCAACUCCACAAGCUUCUUAUCAUCUCCCUCUAACCUUCCUCGACAUACCAUGGCUCUUCUUCUCUCCAAGCCAACCUCUUUUCUUCUAUGAAUUCCCAUAUCCCACUUCUUAUUUCACAUCUAUCAUUGUACCAAACCUCAAGCACUCUCUCUCCCUCACUCUCGAACUCUUUUACCCUUUUGCCGAAACUCUACUGGCCCGUGACUCGGUCUCAUUUACCGUCGUCGAGUCAAAUACAGACUUCGGUUAUCUUUAUGGGAAUUACCAAAGAGAUGUUGAAGAGUUCAACACACUUGUACCUCAACUAGCAUCAACUAUUGGUGCACCUAGUCGUAACUGUGCAGCCAAAAUUCCAUUGUUGAGCAUUCAAAUUACAUUGUUCCCAAAUUGUGGCAUUUGCAUCAGACUUGCAUAUCAUCAUGUUGUUGGUGACUAGAGAACGUUUAACAAUUUCAUCAAGACUUGGGCCUCAUUUUCUAGACAUUCACUCCCUGCCAAGUCUAUCUUGCCCUCUUAUGAUCGUAAGGCCAUUGUUGAUCUGUAUGCGUUGGAGGGUAUCUUCUUGAAGGAAUGGUGGAAGCGAAUUUCUUCACGAGGAGCAGUUAUAGGUAAUACUAAAAGUGUCAUGUUAGAUCCAAAGAGCAUGGUUCGGGAAACUUUUUUGAUGGACUUGACCAGCAUGGAGAGGGUAAAAAAGUGGAUUGUUUAUCAAUGCAACAAGGGAAAUGAGUCACUACCUGUACAUUUAUCUGCUUAUGUCCUAACAUGUGCGUUUGUGUGGAUUUCUUUGAUUAAAAGCCAAGAAAAGUACUUCAAUUACAAGUCAUCUGGUCAGGAUCAAAAUUAUUUUGGGUUUGUUGUGAGUGGUUUAACCUGUUUGAACCAUCUGGUACCCUCAACGUAUGUCGGCAAUUACGUAGGGUUUGGCCGGGCGGCAGCGAUAAGGAGUGAGUUGUUGGGGGACAAUGGAAUUGUUAUUGCAGCUAGAGCAAUUGGAAACACGGUUAAGAAAUUAGACAAGACUAUUUUUGGAGGGGCAAAGAAAUGGAUUUCGGAUUGUAAGGUUAAGUUUGAGUUGGAGCUCCAUGUUAUGGUUUCUGGAUCACCAAAAAUGGAUCUUUAUGAAACAGAUUUUGGGCUGGGGAGACCCAAAAAGAUAGAGGACAUUGGAAUUGAUGGUAUGAAAGCUAUUGCACUGACUCAGAGUAGAGAUGUAUCAGGUGGCAUUGAGGUUGGAUUAGUUCUGCUGAAGUCUCAAAUGGAUUAUUUCACAACUUUUUUCAUUGAAUGA